UAGAAACUAAUUUUUUAAAAAUAAAAAAUUACACCAAAAUUGAAUCCUCAGUAUGAAGUUCAGAUUUUCUAAAACCCAAAGGCGUAGCAAAUUCUUAAGCGACCGUCUUUGAAAUUGUUUUCCAAACCCAACUUUGUUGUUUUCAAAUUUCCGAAUUUUCCCGGAAAAAAAAAAAGAGAAGAGAAUAAAAUAAAAUACAUGUAGUAUCCGUUAUUACCAAACAGACCCAAACUCAGCCCUAGAAGAAAGCAGAGAGCAGAGAAAGGAAAAAGGAGAGAGACCAUGGAAGAAGAGAGACUAAGCAUAUACAGAGUAUCGAGAAGCAUAAAGCGGAAAGAGAACAGUCUCUACAACGCCCUACGGUCCAUCUACGAGGACUCCAUCUUCGUCGGGGAGAUCUCUCAGCUCUGGCCUCAACUGCCCCUUCUCGCUAAUCUCCGUUGUGGCCUCUGGUACUCCCCCAAUUUCCAAUACACCUGCUACUUCAAAUCCACCGAUGGUCAUACCAACAACUGCUCUUUCAACACUUCUCGCCUAAACUUCCACGUUGCCCUACUCGCUGGACAGAGGGGAGGGUGCAUUAUUGUGGAUUCCACAAGGAGAGGGAAGCGGUUUCCUGAUAGCUUGACGAAAACCAUACCAAUUUGGACUUGUGUUUUGAAUCGGGCUAUUUUCAAUUAUUUGAACAGAAUUGGAGAAAGCGGUUCUGGUUUUGAUGCUGAUUCAAGUAGUUAUAAUAGAAAUGGUGAAAAUACAAGGCAUAUCUCUCAUGAUUGGGAUUGUUCCUUGCACCUACCACUGUGGGUUUCAAAAACAGAGAAAGCAGCCAUUGAGGACCGCAUAGAAGAAUGGACCAAAGAGUUGGAAGCUAGCGGAGCUGAUAUUGCAUCUCUUGCAUUGUCUUUGAAAAAGCCCUUACGCCCCCUAUGGAUUUCUCAAAAGACUGUCAUCUGGUUAAAUGAAGUUCCUGAUUGUGAUUCUUGGGGUUUCACUCCCAUGAUACUUGUAUCUGCAUCUUCCUCAACCGGCAUUUUCCAGAAUAGGACUACCUCAGAGUUUAGCUGGAAGUAUAUACCUGGGGCUGGAGAUGAUGAAGAAAGCUGGGCAAGGGGUUUAUCACCUAAAGUUUUCUGGAAUCACGCCAGUGAGCUUAUAAACUCGGGGCCUGAUUUGUGUAACCAGAAGGUAGCUACUAUUGUUGAAAAUGACAGAGUAUAUCGUGCUCAUAGGGGACAGAAUACUCCUCAAGUCACUGUCAAGCUUUCAAAGUUAGCAAGCACUGGCCGUCUUUCUGAACAAGAACCACCAUUAUACUUUGAUAUUUCAAACAUGAACUCUGCCCAUGAAGAUUGCAUAAUAUCUUGGCUGGGUUCAACUAACCUUGCUGUGGGCAUAGCUCAGUUUGGCACAAAUGUUCCUAAGGUUGAUUGUAUAUUGAACUGUCAUCCGGAGUUGGUCUCUGCUUGUCUUCCGAAUGCUAUAGCAUAUCUGCAUCUUCCUAUUGUGAACUCAAAAUUGGACCGGUUUUCCUUGCUAAGCAACCUCCCUUCUGCAUUCAACUUUGCAAAGUCGAACCUAAGCAAGGGGAAGAGUCUUUUAGUGUGCUGUCAUAAUGGUGAAGAUAUUAGUAUAUGUGUAUGUCUAGCAAUCUUGACAUCAUUGUUCAAUGAUGAAGGUACUUUUGAUGAUGGGAAGUCCUUCAAUGAAACAUGUAUUACCAAGUGGGAGAUGAGAAGACGACUCGUAUUUAUCUGCAAAUAUGCAGUAAAUGCCCGACCAUCUAGAGGAAAUCUGAAGCAGGUCUUUAGUUUUCUUAGUGGUGGAAGAGUCAGUUCUGUUUCAUGAGAAGCCUUUUGAUUCUACUCCUGUAGGACAUGUUGGCAACAAAAACCACAAGACCUCUGCAGAAUUGAUGGAAGUAGCUGCCUGGGAAAAUCCAUGGAUGAUUUACAAUGAAGUCUUUGCAACUCUAUUUCAUCAGCUCUCCUGAGAAAUAAAAAACAAAGAAAUUACUUUCAACGUGAAAAUAUUUUAUAUCUGGAGCUCCCCUUACCUUUUUCAUGUGCCAUUACACUACCUUGAGAGCACAUUGGAGUUGCAUUGUUGGACAAGAGGCCAAAUUAUCCAUGUUGUACCACUUCUCUUCAAAGUGUCUUCCAUCAUACAUUCUACAGCCACAGCUGCAUUCCUUAAAGCUCUGUGGACCUCUUCCCAGCCCUAGUUUGGCAUUUUGUUCAAAGCCAAGAUUUUCAGGUUUCAUUUGGGUGUUGUUUUAAUUUCAAUGUAAUUUCAUCAGGGCCAGAAACCUACCAUAUCUGGCAUCCACUUUCUCUUAACAGGAUGAUUGAUUAACAAGGUUUUCCUUUAUUGUGCAAUGGGAAACUGACUGUCCUUUCUUGUUAUGG